ACAAUCCGCAGCGCGCCACGUCCGCAGCCGCCAUUAAACUGAAACGUGAGAGAGAAGAAGCAGACGCAUCAACAUGAAUAUCUUUCGGCUUGUCGGGGACAUGUCCCAUCUUUUAGCUAUAAUAAUUCUUUUGCUAAAGAUGUGGAAAACCCGAUCAUGUGCAGGUAUCUCAGGGAAAACACAAAUUCUGUUUGCAUUAGUUUUUACAACAAGAUAUCUGGAUUUAUUUACAAGUUUUAUCUCUCUGUACAAUACAACUAUGAAGCUAUUCUUCAUCACCUCAAGUUAUUUCACAGUUUUCUUGAUGUAUUCUAAAUUCCGAGCCACAUAUGACAGUAACCACGAUUCUUUCCGUAUGGAGUUCCUGGUUGUUCCUGUGGGUGGUUUGGCUUUCUUAGUUAACCAUGAAUUUUUGCCCCUUGAGAUUUUAUGGACAUUUUCUAUCUAUUUAGAAUCUGUAGCCAUUUUACCACAAUUGUUUAUGGUUAGCAAAACUGGUGAAGCUGAAACUAUAACCAGUCAUUAUCUAUUUGCCCUAGGAUCCUACAGAUUGCUAUAUAUAUUCAACUGGGUAUAUAGAUAUUAUUUUGAAGGCUUUUUUGAUUUGAUAGCCGUUGUAGCUGGUUGCGUACAAACCAUUUUGUAUUGUGAUUUCUUCUAUUUAUACAUUACGAAAGGUAAAUUCAAAGAAAUUGCUCUAAUGGAAGUCAGUGUUGAAGGGAAAGAAACUCAGUCUACCGGCCUAAAGGUGGGACUUCUUCAUGUUUAAAGAGUAGGAAAAUGAACAUAUGUAAAGUCUUUUGUUUAUGAGGGAUAACACUGAUGAAUGGAAUGGAUAACUGUGACUGUUUAUGAUCAACUGACCUAUUGGUCAAAGUUUUGUGUCAAAAUAUUCAACAUAUUGUAAAAAUGCAGUUUUGUAUCUGAGCUGUGUCAUCAUCUCAUGUUAUUUCUAAGAGUGAAAUAAAUUUUUAUUCAUAGAAAUGUUAACCAUGUACAUAUCUUUAAUUUUAUUUUUUGGGGAUAAUGUGGAAAGAAAUAUUGAUGGGAUCAAAAUGAGAUUAUUAUAAAGCAUAAAAUAAUAAAGUUAAAUGUUUUGUUUCCCUUAAAUUCGUCUCCAAUAUAAGUGGUCAAAUAUAUACUUUUAUUAAAUGCCAGUGUAUUGACUAGCUAUGUUGAUAGAUCCAAGUGUUUACAUAAGAUAUUUUAAUUUCUAAAUAGCUAGUCUUAAGCUUAAGUGCCUACUGUAUACCAAAAUUGUUUUUUAACAAUGUAUUUCUUGUUUUCAAGUCCCUCAAUUUUGGAUGUUACAGAUUAUUUUUGGGUAUAACUGUUCCAUUUUAUUCAUUUGAUUGUUUUAUGGAUGAAAGUUGUAUACAUUAAUUAUUGCACUGAAAAUUUGGGAAAAUAAACCGUAGCUAUAAAAUUAUGUUAAAUGCUAAUGUUAAAUUUCUGUUAUUUUUUUUAUAUGUUUAAAUUAAAGUUAUUUUAGAUUUUAAACAAGGGUUGAGAUACAAAAAAUUCUGCUAGUAUAGAAACUCAGUCUGGUUUUAUGUUGAUCAGGGAUUUUCCAUGUUGACGUGCUGCGAGCUUAAAUACAUGAGGCGAUAUUCGACAAGAUCAUUUGUCUAUCAAAAUAUCAGGAUGGCCGAUGGGUAUUGGUACAAUCGAUCCAGAGAGUUGACUAGUCUGUUAUUAAAGUGAUGUUUUUAUGUGUGUAAAUCUCUUUAUUUAAAAGAAACCUAGGAAGAUUAGUAUCUAACAAUAUACAACAUGGACUUUAUAGGAAUUCAACAAAAUUGUAUAUGAAUUUUUACUUUGGUGUACCUUUUACCAUCUUUAAAAUUGUAUAUUUUUUCCAAAUGAAUAUCAGAAAUACAGAUCCCUUUAUUUCAUUUAUGUAUAUAAUUUAUUUACAGCAUUGAGGUGAACUGUAUAAAUCUAUAUUAACAAUACAAUAAAAAUAUAUUUCAAGUAUUAAAAAUACAUGAAAAUAUAUUUCAAAUCACCCUCAUUUUACUAUGAACACUAUUUCAUAUCCAUGAAAAUUAUUUAAUUUGAAUUGCAUGCAUGUCUUUGUUCUUUCUUGUCUUGCAUGACAAUUUGGGAAAACAUGAUUCGUGUAAAUUCCCCAAAUCAUGUUUCUGUUUGUAAAAUAUAUCUCUUGAAAACAAUAAAAUGCAUACAAAUAUA